UCCACCGAGGGAUGUCCGGCAAGAAAGGCGAGGGCGCCGCUGGGGAGGAAGGGGCUCAAGCGGAUCAGGAGGAAGAGGAGGAGGAGGUGGUGGAGGUCCGCCUGGGCGAUCGCCGCUUCCCUCCGGUGCGCAAGCGGCGCCUGAUCGAGCAAAGCGAUUACUUCCGCGCUCUCUACAGCUCGGGCAUGCGGGAGGCGGCGGCUGCGGCUGCCGCGGGGGGCGCCCGCUUGGCGGUGCAGCAACUGCACGGCGGGUUGAGCGAAGCCGGCCUGGCUCGGGUGCUGCAGUUCAUCGAGACGGCGCGGCUGGCCCCGGAGGAGCCGCCCGAGGCCGGAGCGCUGGCUGAGCUGGUGGAGGCCGCCUCUUUCCUGCAGGUGACGCCGCUGCUGCGCCUGCUGCGCUCCCGGGUGCGGCUGCCCAACUGCUUGGAGCUGCAUCACCUGGCGCAGGUCUACGGGCUGCCCGAGCUGCGCGACGUCUGCCUGGAUUUCAUGGCCGGCCGUCUGCAUCAGCUGCUGGCCCGGCCCGAAGCCCUGCUGCCCGACGGCCUGGCGCGCCACCUCCGCCAGCGCCGCCACCGGGGCCGGCCGGCUCUGCUUCUCCUGGGCAGCUUCCCCGACCGGCCGCCGCUGCUGCGCUACGAGGAGGAGAAGCGGCGCUGGGAGCCACUGCCGCCCGCCGAGCCGCCCGCCGACCUGCUGCAGGUGCGCUCCUUCGGCUGGGCUGCCUUGGACAACUACCUGUUCGUAGCCGGCGGCUACCGGUCCAGCAGCCAGGAGAUCGCAGCCGCGCACCGCUACAACCCCUGGCUGAAUGAGUGGCGCCAGCUGGCCUCCAUGAACCAGAAGAGGGCUAAUUUUAAGCUCUUGGCUGUGAGUGGGAAAUUAUAUGCCGUCGGGGGCCAAUCCCUCUCCAGCGUUGAGUGUUACAACCCGGAGCAAGACAGCUGGACCUUUGUGGCCCCUUUACCAGCUCCCCUUGUGGAGUUCUCGGCCUGUGAAUGCAAGGAGAAGAUAUAUGUCAUGGGAGGCUACACACCAAGAGACCGGAAUCUGAAUAUCUGGGAGUAUUGCCCCGUCUCUGACAAAUGGGCUAACUUUGAAACCUGUGGGUUGCACAUCCGCAAGCAGCAAAUGCUCUCGGUGGAAGAGACCAUCUACAUAGUCGGCGGCUGCAGCCAUGACUUGGAUUGCAAUAAAAGAUCCAGUCAGAAUGAGGAUAUGUUAACUGUGCAGUCUUACAACGUGGUUACCAAACAGUGGCUCUACCUCAAAGAAAACACUUCAAAAUCGGGUCUUAACUUGACUUGCACUUUGCACAACGAUGGGAUUUACAUCCUGAGCAGAGACAUCAUUUUGUCCACACGUUUGGAGCACCGGGUUCUUCUAAAAUAUAAUAUAUUUUCAGACCGGUGGGAGUCGCUGAGAAAUUUCCCCACCCCUGGACAGAACAUGUUGAUCUGCUCCUUGUAUUUUCCAGAUCUGAUCUGAAUUCCAAUUCGUUCACAUUACAGAGAUUUCUUCAUCUGUUCACCAGUUAUUAUUUUUUGCACAGUGGCUCCCAACUUCGGCCACUUUAAGAUGCAUAAACUUCAACUCCCAGAAUUCCCCAGCCCAGUCCACAUGUCUUAAAAGUAUCCAAGGCUGGGAAACUCUAAUUGGACUGAAUGUUUAAGAUACGAUGCUCAAAAUGUUACUAUUGCAAUUGAUAACGUGGGAGGAGACAAAGGAUAAAUGGGCACAGAUCAGAGAUGGUAUUCAGCAGGUUCUUACCAGUUCUGGAGAACCGGUAGGG